AGCAAAUCUCAAGUAUCAUCAUGAAGUCUAUGAUCGCCGUCCUCCUCCUCGCCCUCGUUGCCACCUCCAUGGCAGGAUAUCUGGGACUCGGAUACGGAGGUCUCUAUGGUGCCUAUGGUGCCUAUGGUGGCUUUGGAGCCGGAGUACCAGUAGGACGUGCUGUAGCCUACAGCAGCAGCAUCCGUCACCCAGGUUUUGGUCUCGGUCUCGGUGGAUACGGCUAUGGUUUGGGUCUCGGAGCUUAUGGCUAUGGAGGAUAUGGUCUUGGAGCCGCCUAUGGUCUUGGAGCCUACGGACACGGACUCGGCUAUGGUCUCGGUCUCGGAAAAUUCCACUAAAUAAUUAAGGAAUAAGAAUGAUACGAACAAAUGAUCUCUUAAAGAAACAAUUUUGGCGUUUGUAAAUAACUAAGUCUUGUACAGACGAAGAUUGGAUGAGAUUUAAAAAGAAAAACA